GUCCCGCAGUCUGACGGUUGGAUGUGAAGUGUCCUCUUGCUGUGAAAGGAUGAGAAGGAGUUGUGAGUUGAUUUUCACGUCAACAAAAGGCCCCUGGAUCACAAACCUCAGUCGGCCGUGUUCGCAAGGAUCUCUCGGGUUAUUUGUGCCACCGAGUCCUCCUCUGGACCCCGACAAGGUCAAAGAGCUCCAGCGCUUCAUCGGCCUUUCCAGGAAGCUCCUGGUGAUGACGGGUGCCGGGGUCUCCACCGAGUCCGGGAUCCCUGACUACAGAUCAGACAAGGUGGGACUCUACGCCCGAACUGAGCGGAGGCCCAUCCAGCACAGUGACUUUGUGCGCAGCGCUCCAGUCCGCCAGCGGUACUGGGCCAGGAACUUUGUGGGCUGGCCCCAGUUCUCCUCCCACCAGCCCAACCCCGCACACUGGGCUUUGAGCAACUGGGAGAGACUGGGAAAGCUACACUGGCUGGUGACUCAAAACGUGGAUGCUUUGCAUACCAAGGCUGGGAGUCAGCGACUGACCGAGCUCCACGGAUGUAUGCACAGGGUCCUCUGCCUGAAUUGUGGCGAGCAGACACCCCGUGGGGUGCUACAGGAGCGCUUCCGAGUCCUGAACCCCACCUGGAGUGCUGAGGCCCAGGGCCUGGCCCCCGAUGGCGAUGUGUUUCUCACAGAGGAGCAAGUCCAGAGCUUUCAGGUCCCACCCUGUGUUCGAUGUGGAGGCCCUCUGAAACCAGAUGUCGUUUUCUUUGGGGACACAGUGAACCCCAACAAGGUUGACUUUGUGCACAGGCGUGUGAAAGAAGCCGACUCCCUGCUGGUGAUAGGAUCGUCCCUGCAGGUGUACUCUGGUUACAGGUUUAUCCUCACUGCCCGGGAAAAGAAGUUGCCAAUUGCCAUUGUGAACAUCGGGCCCACCCGCUCCGAUGACAUGGCCUGCUUGAAGCUGAACUCCCGCUGUGGAGAGUUGCUGCCCUUAAUAGACCUGCACUGACCACAGUCUGCCCAUCCCGAGCCAAGAACGGACUUUCUCCUGAAUCUCGCUGCUAAAGAUCCCUAAGGAUUCAUCCCUUUCACCCAAACUAAUCAAGGCUCUAGGAUUGCAUACUGUAGAGGGCAGCAGAGCAACACCUCCAUGCCAGUCCAUCUCUGAAUGGUUUUCAGAGCCAAAGUGAUUCAAGCCCCUAAGAGGCGUGGUGGCGCGCACCUUUAAUCCCAGAAGUCAGAGAGGUAGGAGGAUCACCAUGAGUUCAAAGCCAGCCUGAGAGACUACAUAGUGAAUUCCAGGUCUGCUUGGGCU